AUGAACCUUUGCCAACCUUCUCACAAACAAAAUCGACUUUAUCAAUUCUUUCAUCCACGCUAUACAACUUCAAGUAAUCACUGUGCGAGUUCAACAAGUUAUUCCGAAGGUAGUGAUAAUGAAGAAUAUAAACAACAAAAUCCGUUGGAUUAUUAUACUAGAGUAAGCAUGGAGUCAAUUAUUGAAGAAAUAAUUCAAGUAAAUAAUUUAAAAUAUGAUGUUAGAUAUCCAUUUGAUUUAAAUGAAAAAAGAUUUGUCGCAUUUCAAGUCAUGGCGGAGAAUGCAUCACUUGCCUAUUAUAACAGAGUUUGUUUUUUAAAUAUUCACGAAGAAUAUGGACCUUGGAUUGGCUUAAGAGCUGUAAUUACUCUUGACAUGGAAGGUCCUCCUAAUUCUUCUCAAUUAUUUCCUGAAUUAAAAAAUCCUUUUCCUGAAGGUGAUAAAAUAUUGGAAAGAAAGCUGUCAGAAAUUUUUGGCUCAAAGGAUCAUUAUUAUCAUCAGCAACCAGAUGAUCCUGAGACAAUGGAUGUCAAUCAGAAAGAUGGAAACAACAUUUCGGAUAUGAAAUUGGAAAUAAAAAAUGAAUGGUAUAAAUUUGUUGAAUUGAGAGAUAUUGCUUCUAGAUUCAUGGAUAAAAAAUCACUAGAUAAUUGGCGAUAUUCAGAAGAUCAAAUGGAAUAUCAUUAUACAAAUAAUAUUGAAUUUUUAAAUAAUUUGUUCAAUUAA